GUCAUUGGCAGACAAGAUAUUAUAGCACACAGAUGAGGAUGCACCAGUUUUGGUGGGCAAGAAUUUUCAGCCUGUUGGUGCAACGAUUGCAGGAUUUUGACGCUGCAAGUUGCUUAAAGCUCCAACAAGUUUCCCUCUCUAUCUUUCCACUAAAGCACUAAUUUCCCCAGCAAUGAACAAACCGACAUCAAGGCCAUUAUACCGCGAUCCGAAGAUUUGUGUUGACUACUUGUGUGGUUUCUGCCCUAAUGAAUUGGCCAAUGGACACUGCACAAGGGAACACAACCCGCAAUGCAGAAUACAAUAUCAAAAAGAAAUCAGCCUCGAUCCGAGCAAAUCCUUACAUUAUGAACACGAGAAGAACUUGUACGCGUUUGUCCACAACCGUGACCAGGGUUCUCCAGGUUGGAAAGGGUUGAUACAGCGCGUACAUCCAACGACAGAGAAGCUGGAACGACUGAAAAGGCAACUGGAUGGCGCAACUCAAGCUUGGCUGUUAAAGGCGAAUGACAUUGAAGUAUUUGACGGAACGCAGGGUAAGGGUACCAUAGCUGCAAAUUUGGAAGAAUUACACAAAAAGGACGAGAAACGACAAAGGGCCAAGGAGGAGCUGGAAGAGGAGUUGAAGAAGACAGAGUUUAUGUCACCAGCGGUAGAAUUCUGUGAUAUAUGUGGUAACUACGUACCAACGGCUGACGGCUCACGUGAUCAUGACAAUUCAAAGGUUCAUCUCGGAUACGUGAAGAUUAGGGAACGAAUCAAAGAGAUCAUUUCAAGAAAAGAAAGUCAUCGACCAAAUGCUUUGAGCCGAUAGCUCUGUGGAAAAUUAAUUAUUAAUAUAAUCAUGUUCAUACUCAUUACAAAGAAAGGCUUCUUCCUCAACCUUUCCCUUUGUUCUACUUUCUCCCAAAUACUUGACAUCCACCACCAUCACCGAUUCCAGUCCAUACCUUGCCCUCAACUACACUGUAUAUUGCGUCCAUAACCAAAAAGUGUGAAACAUUGCAUAAAAACCUUCAGGAUUAAUAAUACCAAAG